AUGGAAUAUACGGUUGGUGGCAGAAAAUUCUCAACGUGUCACCUGUCUGUCUCACACUCUCAUUCAAAAUCUUACUUUCGUUCAUUUCACAACCACAUGACAGAUUGCUCGAUCAUGAUCAAUACACCUCGAAAGUCAGCUUGUGCAUCAAAACUUCCUCCUCCUACAUCACAAACACCAACACCACCACCACCAACAACAACACAGUCGAACAUGACCAUGGUCACACGAUACACAACUGAGGAGGCGAAUGAGUUAGCCAAACUGGUAUUGAGAUAUCGGGAUAUUUGGAAAGACAAGAAACAGUCAUCCGCACUUGUCCAGAAACAUUUGUGGAUGCAAUUCUCACAGUAUCUACACUCGAAGGGAUGGCCGAGAAGGAACUGGACUCAGCUGCGUCGAAAGGGUCAGAGUUUGCUGAGGAAAUUCAAUGACAUGACAACCAACCAGUUGGAGGUGUCGAAAAGCAAUCCCAAUCCCCUUGAAAAUCCCUCGAACCACACGCCACUCUCCAGUUCCAAUGCAAACCCACACGUGAAUGGACACAUUGGUUCGGUGACCGAGAACCAGUCGAGUGUGCAUCGACCCAACUUGCCUACACUGACCCCGUCACCAGUGGUAAGCACCACCUCCAAACGUGCCACACCAUCACUCAGUUCCCCUACAAACCACGUGCAACCGAAUCCCCCAAACACAAGUGGUCCAAAAAUCCUCAACGCAUUCUCAACAGCUCACAUGUCUCAACAACUGGCCAUUCCACAUGAUGUUGCAGUGCUGCAGCCAACCACCACCAACAACAACAACAUGGUUGGUGAGGUGGCGAUUAACCGAGUUGCCUUACUGACUCCUCUGUCAUGUAUCUCGUUCGGAGUGGCGAGAGCCCAUACUGCAUCCGAAUCUCCUGUUCGAGAAGUGAAUAUGUCGAAGCCACCAUCGGACCAACCGAGUCGAAAUCCUGUGACUGCAACAAUUGAUUUAUCAGUGUCGAGUGAUGACGAGGAGAGCUGUCAAGAGUUGAGUGGAACGAGAGAUCAGGUGAACACGAAUCAUGUGAAUGAUUUGGGUGAAACGUCCGAGGAUUGUAUCACAUCGGAAUGUGAGGGAACCCCAUUGUCAGAGACGUUGAUUCACAAGCGAAUAAAAUGUCUAGAUCUGAAGAUUGAAAUUCUGCAGAUGAAGAAACAAUAUUGGUCGGAGAAACUGAAAUUAUCAUCGAAAAGCUGA